AUGCCUUCGUUCAAAGUUUACAAGGGCUCAGCCUCAGACGGAAUUCAAGAGGCGAACACAACUAAGCCCGAAUUGACUGGCGAUCAAGUACUGGUCAAAAUUACAGCAUCUGGUCUAUGUGGAACGGAUUUACACUACAAAACUGCUGAUAUGGUCCUUGGACAUGAAGGAGCGGGUGUUGUUCAACAAAUUGGUCCGGACGUAAAGACUCUUAAACUAGGCGACCGAGUCGGGUGGGGAUAUCAGGCAAAUUCUUGUGGCCUGUGCGAACAAUGUUUGAGCAGCAAUGACGAAUAUUGCCCUGACCGAGAAAUUUACGGCGUUGCGAACUUGGAUCAAGGCAGUUUUGCGGAGGCAGUUGUAUGGAGAGAGGCUUUCCUGUUCAAAAUCCCAGACAAUAUUACCGACAACGAUGCCGCUCCGCUUAUGUGUGGUGGUGCUACCGUUUGGAACGCCCUGCAUAGAUAUGGCCUCUCAUCUACUUCUACAGUCGGCGUUAUUGGUGUUGGUGGAUUAGGUCACCUGGCUAUUCAAUUCGCCUCAAAAAUGGGCAUGAAUGUUGUAGUUCUAUCGACCAACGAAUCCAAGAAGGAUGAAGCUUUGAGCUUGGGUGCCAAUAGCUUUGCGGUCACGAACGGCAAAGAAGCCAUCAACAUUGGCGCCACCAAAUUGGAUGCACUUCUCUUCACGACAUCGGUUGAUAUGGAGUGGGAUGCUUAUCUUCCUCUUCUGAACCCUCAAGCCAUGAUCAUUCCUCUGACUAUUCACUUUGGCAACUUUUCUAUACCUCAAUAUCCGUUGCUUGGAUUCGGCUACAGAAUUCAGGGUACUGUCGUUUCCUCGAGGGGGGAAUUGAAGAAGAUGUUGAAAUUCGCUUCAAGGAACGACGUCCGACCGGUAACAAUGCUUUUCCCAUUAAAUAAGGCCGGCAUUGAAGAUUCCAUCAAAACACUAAGCGAUGGAAAGAUGAGAUACCGCGGUGUGUUGGUUGCUCAAUAA